UCAAAAACUAUGGCAAGAGGAUUGUACACACUCAGAAAAGUUCAGAGAAAAGAUGAACACAAACUUUUUGGAAUGAAUCUUUCAAAAGUUCCUCUUCACUCUUUUUAUGUCUGCUUCUCCGUAACAACUUAACCGCUUCUCAACAACUCCAGUAAUCACUAGACAUGUGUCAUUUGCGAUUUUCUACUCUUUUGCCACGUGUUAACUCAUUUUCUCUAGCAAAUUCUCGUUGUUGAAAGAACCUUGACCGCAAGGUUCAAAAGCUGAAAACUAGCAUUGCAGGUCAUAUAAAAACUCCCAAGUAGAUUGCUUGUAGAGUUGCUUCCAUUUAAAUAGUUAUUUAUAUAUUUUAUGUUACUAUUAUUCAUUCAAUUUAAUAUUUUUAUUUUAAUUUCCAAAAUUUUAUGAUAUAUAAAACAAAUAUAAUUGUUACAAAGAAAUGUAAUUUUUUUUUUUUAUAUUUUAAUAGUUAUGCAAAAAUACAUGGACAUCAAAAUGUGGAUGGAAAAAUGUAUUCAUGUACGAAAAAUACGUAAAUAGAAAAAGUGGACAUGGAUGACUGGAAAAAACAUAGAAAAAUCUUAUAUACAAGUUAUAAUACAUAGUAUAUCAGAAUUUGUUUUUUUUAGACAAACUAUAAUAGAUAAUAUAUUGUUAAAAUAAGUUAAUUUUUCUUAAACCUCUAUUUCAUGUUAAAUGAACAUGCAACCAAAGUUGUUUUUACAGUAUUUGAGAAAAUGAAAAGGAAGACAAAGAAGAGUACUUGUCAUGUGGAAUUGGGUUUUGUGUGUACGAAAAAAAUUGGUUAAAUAGUGGAGAGGGAGAUGUGCAAGAAGAGAGUGAAGAAGAACAUGUGUUUAGGUGAAAAAACAACAAAGGAGAAAGAUGUAACUAUUUAGUCAAGAAAAAAGGAGAGAUAGUGAAUAUUUAGUUGAAAAGCAAAAUCGACAAUAAACAACUAAAAAUGUGUUUCAAGUAAUAUGUGACACUUUGUUCCUAUAAAUCCAUACAAAUACUUUGCAAAAAAAAAUCUAGCGCCUUCUCAGUUAAAGACAUUUGUGAACUCAUAAAACCGUCUUCCAACCGGAAAGUAAUGGAGUAUGUCCAGCCUAACAAGUUCUCAUCCUGCCAAGUUCUAACCACGGAAGAAGAACAAUUUAUCUCUCUGAACAUCCCGGAGAACCUACCUAGAUUGUGGCAGCAAUAUGGUUAUACUCACCUUCACUUUGGUGUAGUAAGAAUUGGUUUGACCUUAUAUGCAAGAAAAGAACUACCAUUCAUAGCCCGAAAUAGACUUAAUCGACUCUUGAUUAAAGUCAUAUCAACAAGCUUGCAUCGGAACGGUUCAAACGACAUUAAAUGCAGGAAUGGUAUUCAUAACACUGUUUCCAAACUUUAAUGUUUUGUUACAAGAUCUAAAUCUCUUAAAGACGCUCAAGGUUCAGCUUCGACUAAUCGGAGCACCUAUGCAAGAAAAAAGUGUAGUAGCUACCCUAUAUCACAAGAUCGUCUACCGAAUUCAAGAUCAUACUCUUGAUCUUAUAACCAUGUUGCUGCCACAAUCUAGGUAGGUUCUCCCGGAUAUUCAGAGAGAUAAACUGUUAUGUGGCUGGAACUUGGCAGGAUGAGAAUCUUUUGGACUGGAUAUACUCCAUUACUUUUUGGUUAGAGGACUUUUUUAUGAGUUCACGAACGUCCUUGACCAAAAAGGUGCUAGACUUUUUUUGUAAAUUAUUCGUAUGAAUUUAUCAGAGGAAGGAUAGUUUCAGGUAGUUGAUCUCGUAACAUACUCGAUUUCAUAUAUAUAAGAAAUAAAUAUUAGAGGAGGAAGAAGGGUUUUUACUUUUAGGAAGAGUGAAAAUUGUAAACCGAGAAUCAGUGGAUGAAGGAUGGAAAGUAGAUAUUUUAUGAAAGAGCUGUUUUCGAGGAUUUUUAAAACAAUCAGUUAUAAACAAUGAUUCUAUCGACCAUAACGCAAGCAUGUAGACUUUGAUACCAUUAUGCAAAUGUUAAAACUUGAAGCCAACCGAACUUCAAAAAGUCAGGAACACGUGGACGUAUAGCAAUGGCUGAUCACUGCCAACUCACCGCUUAUCAAGACCUCCUCCUCAAGGGCGUUAUUUUCCCGCCAUCAUCGUUAACGCGAGUCUCAGUCGUCAGUUUCAGGUUGUAACUGAAAUCACGAAGAAGCUCCAAUGGCCGCCACAAGCAACGCCGUCGUGCUCAUCGUCAUACUUGCGAUCACCUUCUCUUCCUCCUCCGCAGUGACCGAGACGCAGGCACCUUCUCCACCGGCUCUCACCUGUACGGAGGAGCUAGUCAUGUUCUCUCCAUGCCUUCCUUACGUCUCCGCUGCACCGAACAACAUCUCAGACGCGCCGGAUCCUCUUUGCUGCUCGGCUUUCUCCACAUCCGUUAAUUCCGGCGCCGGAAACUGCCUCUGUUAUCUUCUCCGGCAACCUAUGAUCCUUGGAUUCCCGUUGGAUAGAUCACGACUGCUUUCUCUUUCCCAGAUCUGUAGCGAUCUUAGCUCCGACGAAUCUUUCGAGUCUAUCUGCUCGCCAUCAGAGUCGCCGGAGCUUCCGCCGCUUCAGAGCAUUCAGUUCACAGCUCCUUUUGUUUACGGUGAUAAAGCUUCCGCAUCUUCUCCAUCGUUCGCCAUUUCACGGGAAGCCGCCGGAAUUUCACCAACCUCCGAUCAACCCUCACCAGAGACAGAUAGCUUAUCAUCAACACCAGAAUCCAUCAUAAACGGCUCCCCAAAGAUCACAAGCUUCUGCUUUCUCUCGACCAUCAUCAUGACGCUGCCCACUUUUGAUCUCUUCCUUUUGGCUUUGUGAAUCUAACAAAGAUGAUAUAGACAUAUACCAUUGUUCUCAGAGUACAUUGUUUCCUUUUAGCUUUAUGAAUCGUGGAACAAGAAAAUGUUUAGGUUGUUCUCUCAUAAGAAAGUCAUUUCAAAGUUUAACACAAGUCAUAUAAGCUUCUAAAGUUGAAAGAAAGAAAAGAAAAAGAAGCUAAUGCCAGCUUAGUAGAAAACACAACAUAACAGACUUAGACAGAAGCAGUGGUGACAUCUUGAACAGACUGACGCCAAGCGUGAGUACGAGCUCCAUCCUUGUCCACGAUCUUGAUCACAAAGUUUGGUGGUGCAA